AUUGGUGAAGAGGCUGGUCUUGCAAUGCCUUUGAAUAUUUUACUUUUAGGCAGUUCCUCAUCAGUCAGCCACACGCAUCCGAGGCGAGCUGAAGCUAACUACAGCCAUGGACAGCACUAGGAGAUCUCAAAUCUAAUCGCACGCAUCAUUCCUCCGGGAUAUUUUUUUAAAUUCCAUAUCUAAACACGCUGACAGGCAGCUGCACUCAUACACACUCUCUCUCACACACACACACACACACACACACACACAUCCACACGUCGCAGAGCCGCCGAGCAAACACCUUGUCUCCUCUCGCAGGAUAUACCCGCUCACACACAUCUCUCUUUAUCUCCUCCUGGCUUCCCGGAGGAUCCUGCCGGCUGUUUUUCAUGGAGAAAGUCCAGGGAGAAAUGGAGAUUGAGAGAUGGGAAAGAAGUGAAGAAAUUUCAGACGCAGAAAAAAAGGUUAUUCAAGAGAUAUGGAGCAGAGUAUAUGCAAACUGCGAGGACGUUGGGGUCUCCAUACUCAUCAGGUUUUUUGUGAACUUCCCCUCGGCCAAGCAGUACUUCAGCCAGUUCAAGCACAUGGAGGACCCGUUGGAGAUGGAGAGGAGCUUGCAGCUGCGCAAGCACGCUCGGAGGGUCAUGGGGGCCAUCAACACUGUGGUGGAGAACCUCAACGACUCUGAAAAGGUCUCCUCUGUCCUGGCCCUGGUGGGCAAGGCCCAUGCCCUCAAGCACAAAGUGGAGCCCAUCUACUUUAAGAAACUCACUGGUGUCAUGCUGGAGGUCAUUGCUGAGGAAUACCCCAACGACUUCACCCCGGAGGCACACGGAGCCUGGACCAAGAUGAAGACCCUCAUCUACACCCAUGUGACAGCAGCCUACAAGGAGGUGGGCUGGGCUCAGUACCCCACUGCCACCCUGUGAGUGCCCAGGGGGCCACGAGAGGGGCAGGGAGGGCUUCGCUCACCCCAGGACUUCACUCUGGUCUCUUCUCAAGGUCUUUGCUCGGUUUGGGGAGCCCGGUAGGGCCAGUUCUGUCAGCUGCCAAGUCACAAUUUGAUCUCCGUGGGGUUUAAAAACAAACUAAAUAAGCCAAAAAAACCACAGAACCAUGAAGGGUGUGGGUGGGUUGGGGUGAAGCAGUUGCAGGGGAUGCUGGAAGGGGAUGCAGAGGGCGAGGGGAGAGCAUUGGUUGUUGGCUCCAUCUUCCUGUCCUGGCCUGUCCAUCACCACCUCCCAAAUCCUGCACCUCACUUGCACCAUCUCGAAGGCCCUUGCACAAGUGCUGCUGCCCUGCUCACUGACGAACAACACAGCCCUCAUUUUCCAUGUGAAGCCCCUGGGUAAACCUGGCUUCUGGGGGCACACCUGGAGCCCUCCGACUGGCACCGAGAACGCUUUGCUUUGCACUUUGUGUAUCACCUGGCAGGGCUGGCAGCCAGAGCCACUCUGGGUGCCCAUCACCCCGUGCUCCAGGUGGGCAGCAGCGCUCACAUCUCCUGUCACCCACAGUCCCUGUCCUUGGCUGGCUGCUGCAAACCCUCCUGGGGUGGGAGAGAAGCUCCCCCACAGCAUGAGAGAGUGGGAAGGAGGGGGAUGCCUUUGGGGGAAUCCCUCAUGGCUCAGAGCCUGGUGUGUAGGUGGGAUCCCUGUGUCAUAUGUGGGGAGCUGGUGAGUCCACCCACUGCCCUCCAGCUCCCUGAGGAGGGGCUUGGGUAGCAUAGGAUGUGCCACUGCCCUGGGAGCUGGUGUGUGUAGGUCUGUCUGCCCAGCUCUGCCCUCUCAGUGAGAAGGGGGGUCAGGCUGUGACUAGGAGAUGGAAAGAUGGCACAGACAUAUCAGGAGGGAUUUCUGGUUAUGAGGAAAGGUCCCUUCUACUGUUAAAAUUAAUAAAUACUUUGUAUAGAGCAUAUUCCUGCCCUCGUGGUGAAACUGGGUUCCUCCAAAUAAAGUGCCUGGUAGAAAUCAGCCCACGCAGGAGCUGUGUCCCUCCUGGGGACAGCAGUGCUCCUGCCUGGGCCGGACAAAGGCUUCUCCCACACCCCCCAGAACGUGGCUGCAGGGCUUGGAGCACUCAUCCCGCCUCCAACACCAACUCCUCCUGAACCUCCAGGUCAGUCUGCCUGGUUGGUUUGUGCCUCAGUUUCCCCUGCAGAUAUGAAAAAGGGAGGAGGAGCAGCCCUGUUGCCUCCUGCCCACAUGUGGUUGGAUUUAUAACAUUUCUGGGAACUGAAUGGCAAAGGACUGAGGAUGAAAUGUCAGAUGUGCUGGGAAGCUUUGGAAUCCUUGCCACCCAAUAUUUCCCUAAAGGCCUCUGCUAUUUUUAGAGCUCAAGCAUGAAGGGCAAUGUUAUCUGCUGAAGUGGGAGGAGGGUUCCCUUCUGAGAUUUCCUCUGGCCUUGCUCCACCGCUGUCCUGGAGAGCUGGCAGCUUCCUGAGAGAGACCAGCUCCUCUCCUGGAUGCCAGCUGGACAGGCAACAAGCCCACAGUUCCAGCUGGGAUCCCCACAGCCACCUUGGGGACAUCCCUCCACUGUGGGGGCAGUGUCACUCCCCCAGGCUGACCUCCCUCCUCCAGAGCAAACAGACAGACAGAAACUCCUGCUGUGCUCACCUGUGCUUUUAACCAUCCCCAGGAACAGGUUUAUUAUGUCUCAAAAUAGCCCCAGGACUCCAAUAAUGUCACUGCAGCCACUCUGGCCUUGCAGUUCUUUCCUUCCUGCAUCCCACAUUACCACUGAUGGAGAGGAGCCACGGGGCCUGGAGCAGUGGCAUGUCCUGGGCACCCAUGGAGAGCUGGGUGGCAAUAACAGUUGGGGCACAGCUGUCCUUGGCAUGGCAGCACACAGGGGGUUGUAAAAGGAAGGGACAGGCACAGGGUGACAAGUGGUGCUGCUUUGCUCAUGGGGUGGGCUGUCACUUAGAGUCAGCAUCCCCAAAAUUCAGCCCAGCAGCCUGCACGGGUGAAGGUGCCAGUGGCUGCUGCCUCCAGCUCACGCUGGAGUGUCACAGCGGCUGCUCAUCCCUCGAGGGUCAGUGGAGGCAUCCCUCAAACAGCUGCUGCUGCCUGGGGUGGGGAUGGAUGGGAAAAACCUGUUCAGUCAUUGACUUCCCUCCAGUGCAGGACUGGAGAGGGAUCACUUGGAUCAAGACUGUUAGAUGAUAUUUGUGUGUGUGCACAUCACGGGACUCACGAGCAUGGCUUUGCUGACUCCUGCCAAGGCCUUGAGGCCAGCAGCACAUAUUUCUGAGGAGUUCAUUUCUCUGAGCAGUUCACGUUCUCCCUGUGCUCUGUGGACGCUGGGCCAGGGAUGUUUCCGUACAGGGAUGUUUCAUCUUUAGACAAAAUUUGCACAUAAACCUUUGAGGUUAAUAAUCUCCAGGUGGGAAUUUUAUUUUUGCAGCGCAAACCCUUCCCCUCCCUUCCCACAACCAAAACUGGGCUCCCAGUCCGAAGAGAAGCCACUUUGGAGUGUCUGGAAAUUCUCCAUGUUCAUGCCCAACCUACCCGUGUGCCUUGGCUUUUGGGGAGCAGCAGCAGGGAGGUGCCCCCACCUCCCCAUUAAACAGCGCUUUGGUUUCUCCUUUCUUUUUUUACAUCCCUAGAAAAAGCUGACCCGUGGCCCCCUGCGCCCACGUGUGUGUGUGCUGGGCUUGGGUUUUUUUCCAGGCACUUUUUCCUAAAGCAGAUCCAGAUGUGUGCAGCUGCUGUCCCUCGAGGAGCACCCCCCAUCAGCCAAAUUGCAGCCACUCCAAUAGAUGCAAACAAAACCACGUUUAUUUUUAUCAGCUUCGUAGGAAGUAACACGGAGCGGGGGGGCGGCCGGGGCAAGGCUCGGGAGGGGAGGGGAGGAGAUGAAAAGAUCGCCCCCUCUUUGCUGCCCGCAGCAGAGGAGGCAUUGCUGAAAUCCGGGAACAUUCUCAUCUGGGGAGAGAUGAAGAUCAACAGAGUAAGGAAAAAGUUCCAUUCCAGAGUGACAGGGCUGAUAAAUGCCAUGUGGAAGAGCAGAAAGGGGGGCCAUGUUCUGGCUCUGUGCAUGGCUCUCCAGCACACACACACCCAUGCACAGCCAUUCCCUGUCACUGCCAGCCCACUGCUCCCCCCCGAUCCCACCACAGCUGACUGGGGGCCCCUUUAUCCCCGUUUGGUUCAGGUCUUGCUCUCUGGGGCUUGACCUUUCACUUCCUGGCACACUUAGGCUGAGCUUUGCUCUCCUUGGUGGUGGCAGGUAGGGACCAACUUGCAAGGUCUUUUCCACAAAGCUCACAGGUGAGAAGCUGAGGCAUCACUGCCAGCACGUGUUGGGGGCCAGCUGGUCUCUCCCCUGCCCGUGGAGGACCCCUGUGCCCCCCAGACCCAGCCAACCCCUGGCUCAGGCAGCGCCUUGGCAUUAUCAUCAGGGCUGGGCUUGGAGCUGGGAUCCAGGUGGGAAAGCCUUUGUGCCCCCUGCCAGGCAGAGAAAUGCUGAGUGAGGGAGGAUUUAGUGUCCCUGGGGCAGGGUCCUCCUUGAGCACCUCAUCCUGGUCCCUUUGGCAGCACCCACUCACAUCAACCAGCUCUUGUCCCCUCCCUUGAAGCUCAGUGUUUGGUCAGAGGGAGUUGAGCCCUGGGGGGAAUGGGAGGCACUGGGUUGGGGUGGGGCACAGAUCCCACCCACCACGUCUCCCCCUCCACGGCCAGCGUUCAUGGCAGUUUAGCUCUGCAGGCACCCAGCCAGAGAGACCCCCCCCAAUAGCACCAGAACCCUUAUGGGCCUUGUGCCACCAACCUCAUCUUCUCUUGGGGAGUGACAAAUCCCCAAGGCAGCCGAGCCGUGAGCUCUCCCAGGGGGGUCCUCUCGCAUCUCUGCCACUUUGUCCCAGGAAAGUGGUCGCAGUGUCUCCCCACUGUCUGAGGGGAUGCUCAGCGACUUCAGGGGGGACCAGAUGUCACCUGGCUGGACUCUGGUGCCAGAACUCAGCCUUCCCUGCCCCUGGCCAUGGGGAAGCUGCCCUGCUGCGGGGAUGUGGGAGCGAGGGCUGCUCGGGGCCAGCACCAUCAGUGCCGGGCAGAGGGAUAAAAGGGGAACCCACGCGCUGACCUUGGACCAGCUUAGGGAAAGGGAGGGACAAAACCACCUGCCUGGCUCUGACCUCUGUGCCAGGCUGCAGCGCUAAUUCUUUUCCACAGCUGAAGUUGUCUCUAAUUGUUGGUAUGUCUGACCCAGCCCCAGCGUGACCCACAGACAUGAGCGUGGUCUGAUGUAACUCCGUGUCUUUCCUGUUCCUGCUGCAGAUCCUGUUCAUGUUCGUGUUCCCCGGCGCUUCCGUGCUGGUUUUAUACCUGAGUUCCGUGUAUAUGGGUGUAACUUGGUUUUCUUUUUGUAGGUUUUUAGUAUGUUUGUAACCAGACAAAAUGGUGUUAUUAAACUGAAACUUGUAUCUUCAGUGGAUAAAUCAAUCAAACCCCCUCCA